AUGACGCUCGCCGUACACUGGGGCGGCAUUCGCGGGUACUCUAACACGUCCGAGUCGACCGAGACAGCCACACCCUAUGCUCCGCGAGGGGCGAUGGCGCUAUGUGCUGCAGCGUGCGAACGCGCGUGCGCUCUUGCCGCCGAGGGCAAGCUUGGAAAGCUCGAAGACAUCAUCGUCGACAUCGCCGACUACAAGGCGAGCGGGGCCGCAGGCAGCACCCUCACCAGGGCCAAGACUCUCCUCAAGAACUCCCAGCAGCGCCAGGAGGUGAACGAGAGGACGGGCAAGGCGUCGACUCACCUUUCCAACUUUUCGGAGCAGAACUGGAAGAGGGCUACGGACGGCUACUGGGCGCUGCUCAACAAGCCUGGUAAGGCCACGGACGAGUUCGUCGCCGCCCGUUUCAACGAGGCGCUCAAGCAUUGCCCCAAGUCGCGAAGGAGUGAUGAGGCGGAUGAGGUUGGGGCUGCUGUUGAUGUGGAGAUGGCUGACGCAGACGUCGACGAGCGUGCCAAUCUCCCAUGGGAUGAUUGUAAUGUCCCUUUUAUAACGCUUUUCUAUCUCUUUCGAACCUAA